AUGCAAGUCCCCCUCUUCCGCCUCCAGUGCGGCGUCAACUCGUACGAAUGGGGCAAAAAGGGCAACCAAUCUGCCGCCGCAAGAUUCGCGGCUGCCACGCCGUCGGACGAGCUGAGCAUCCAGGCCGACAAGCCAUACGCUGAGCUCUGGAUGGGCACCCACCCCUCCAACCCUUCCAAAGAUCUCAAGACCGGCCGAACCCUCCUCGAACUCUGCUCCGAGAACCAGCAACUCCUCUCGUCAUCCGUGUCAGCCAAGUACGGUGCCAAACUGCCCUUUCUCUUCAAAGUCCUGUCCAUCAACAAGGGCCUCUCGAUCCAGGCCCAUCCCAAUAAGAAGCUCGCCGAGCAGCUACACGCGAGGGAUCCAAAAAACUACCCAGAUGAUAAUCACAAGCCGGAAAUGGCUAUUGCCAUUACGCCGUUUGAGGGACUCUGUGGGUUUAGGCCUUUGAGUGAGAUUGCCCACUUUUUGGACACUGUAGGACCGUUGAGGGAGUUGGUUGGCGACGAGGUGAGCGGAGAGUUUGUCAAGACUGUCAAGGGCAAUGACGAGGGCGCUAAGAAGGCGGCGCUGAAGAAGGCGUUUGGGACGCUCAUGGCCUCUUCGGCGGAGGAUGUUGCCAAGGGCAUCGCGAAAUUAGUCGGGCUGGCCAAGUCGCAGGGCGCCGAGUUUGCUUCGGGAGGUGUAGAAUCUACCAGUGGGGAGGUUCUGUCGGAGCUUGUGACGCGUCUACACGGGCAGUUUGGAGAGGACAUUGGCAUAUUCGUCCUCUUCUUCCUCAACUUUGUCAAGCUGCAGGCCGGAGAGGCGCUGUUCCUUGUGGCGGACGACAUCCACGCCUACCUGUCGGGCGACAUCAUGGAGUGCAUGGCGGCAUCAGACAAUGUGGUCCGGGCAGGCCUUACGCCCAAAUUCAAAGACGUCACGACGCUCGUCGACAUGCUGACCUACAACUACGCGCCCAUCGACGAGCAAAAGAUGACGCCUACGGACUAUCCCUACGCGACCAUGAACCGCGCGGCGUACAGCUCCGGCUCGGCAGUAGACCUGUACGACCCGCCGAUUGACGAGUUCGCUGUCGUCAGGGCGGUGCUAAAGGGGCCCGGGGCGAAGGCUACCUUUGAGCCGCUGGAGGGACCUAGCAUUGUGAUUUGCACGAACGGCAAGGGGAGAAUUAGCGUGGGACCGACGGCCCAUGAGAUUAAAGAAGGAUACGUCUUCUUUGUGGGUUCGACGGCGGAGUGUGUGCUCGAGGCGGACGGGGACGAGUUUAUUACAUUCAAGGCGUUUUGUGAGGUGGAGGGGGGCAGGGAGAGGUUGUGA